AUGGAACUCCUGAGUCAACAGCUUACAGCAUACAAUUUUAAGACGUCGGCACCCGGCGUUAGGGCCCCCACAAAGGUGCGUAGAAUUUCCCCCCUUAAGCAUUGCCCUCGCGGCGUGCACGGAAAUGGCUCUAAGUUGUGGGACCGCACCCCCACGGAGGCAGAGCGAAUUUUGCUACCGAGAGCAAGGUUCGCUGCCACCUGCACUCGCGAUCGCCCGACCGCAAAGCAGAAACGCAACGGACAAGGAAUCAGUUCAUCCUUUUUUUCUGGGAGCCAUUGCGCACUACACAUUUCAGGCGCAACCGCGAGUCAGCCACAGGCGAAGCAUUGGCCUGGAAAUACACAUCUGGACGCAAGGCGGCUUCCCAACCACACCCCGCAGCUGCGCUGA